AUGUCGCGAAUUGAAGAGCUUCCGGAUGACUUUGAUGAGUCGCUCAAUCUCAACGAUGCUCCACCCGCAGUAAACCAGGGUCUUCCCCAGCCCGGCUUCGAUGCCUUUGCACCUGGCAACGAUCUUCCCUUCCCGAUUAAUGAGGAGGGUCUGAAGCGCCUUCAGACCGAUCCUAAUGCACCUGAUUUACCCCCGGCCAUUGCGGCUGUCCAAUCGCAUUCGAAAGAGGAGCUCUUCAAAAUGAUGAACCAGACUCCGCUGUUCAUGACCGAUAUUGAAAAUGCGGGUGACGAGAAGGGCGAGAACAUUCUACUGGACGCCCUGCAGGCUAUGCAGAACGAAGGUACCAAGGCUGAGGUUGCGCAAACCUUCAAGGAACAGGGUAACGAGGCCGUGUCGGAGCUUCGAUGGAUCGAUGCCAAGGAGUUCUAUACCAAGAGUAUCGCUGUUAUCUUUGCCAAGGAGAACAAGUGGGAAAAACCAGAGGACCCCAAGGCUGAGGAGGCAUUGCUGCGCAAGUUGGAAGAGGUGUCGCACAUCAACCGAGCCCUGUGCAACCUGGAACUAGGCAACUACCGCGCUUGUACCCUCGACUGCGCUGCCGCCCUCAAGGUCAACCCAAAGAACGUCAAGGCCUUUUACCGCUCAUCUAUGGCUCUGUUCAAGCUCGACAGGAUUGCCGAGGCCGAGGAUGCCGCAAACCGUGGUCUGGCCAUUGACCCAGAGAAUAAGUCCCUUCAGACCGCAUCUCAGAAAAUUUCUGAGCGCAAGGCCGCUGUGGAGCGUGCUGCCGCUAGGAAGAAGGCUGAGGAAGAAAGGCUGCGCAAGCAGAACAUGGUUCUUAGCACCGCUCUGCGCGCCCGCCAAAUCAGAACCCGCAAGACCGAGCAGCCUCCCGACAUGGAAGACGCCAAGAUCAGACUCGUCCCUGACCCUUUGUCGCCAGAAAGCACGAUCGAGUUCCCGGCUGUUCUCUUGUACCCCAUGGAGGCGCAGUCUGACUUUGUCAAGUCCUUCUCUGAAAUGAACUCCAUUGUCGAUCACCUGGAGUACAUUUUCCCCUUGCCAUGGGACACCAAGAAAGAGUACAACAUCAACAAUGUUGAAUGCUUCAUGCAAACUGUCACUGGUGGUUUGAUCAAGGCCGGCAAGAAACUUCCCUUGUUGCAGAUCCUCUCCGGCGGCAAGGUUGAGGUUGUGGACGAGCUUGUCAGCAUUUUCGUUGUGCCUCUGUCCAAGACUGGCAAAUUUAUUGCCGAUAUGAAGGCUCGCAAGACAGGCUGA